AUGCAUCACACAAAUGAUUGUCCUAUUGCAGCAAAGUUUUCUGAUGAUUCAACUGAGCAGGUUAAUGUAGCUUUUUCACAUCCGGGUAAUGAUCCAUACUCCAAUACUUAUAACCCAGGGUGGAGAAACCAUCCCCAUUUCUCAUGGAAGGCUCAAGCUUCAAGCUCAAAUGUUGAAACUUCUGAGCGAGAUCAAUCAGAAAGUGGACUCUCAGAAUCAAUAGUGAACUCUCACUCUCAAUCCAUCGCCAAGUUAAAGGGUCAGAUGGGAAAAAUGGCUAAUACCCUUAACAAGAGAGAAGAGAGGACACUUCCAAGUCAGCCAGUGGCCAACCCAAAGGGACACUACAUGGUAGAAGGCGGUACUUCACAACACCAACAAGUGUUGGCUAUCACCACAUUGCGAAGUGGAAGAAGGGUUUACAAUCAUGUGCAAGAAAAGGAGGAUGAGCAAUCAGCCACCCCACAGAAUCUGCAGAAGGAAAAGGGUAAGCAAAAAAGAACUGAGGCUUCUUCUUCAUUUGCUCCCACUCCUGAGAUGCCAUAUGAGCCCCGGGCCCCAUUCCCAGAAUGUCUCGAGGUGCCUUCUCACUUUGGGAAACAAGGAGAGAAAAUACAAGAUAUAAUGGAGGUUUUCAAACAGCAUAGUCUUCCCCCAAAGUUCAAGGACCCUGGUGCUCCCACCAUCUCCUGUAUUAUUGAAGACCACAAGAUUGAUAAAGCCCUCCUUGAUUUGGGGGCUGGAGUGACUCUAUUGCCGUACUCGAAACCGCGGGGAAUCAUUGUGGACGUUAUUAUCCAAGUCGACAAUUUCUAUUUCCCUGUGAACUUCAUUGUUCUUGAUACUGAACCAGUGGCUAAUCCCACAAAGAUGAUCCCUGUAAUCCUCGGUCUCCCUUUCUUAGCUACGGCUAAUGCGAACAUAAACUGUAGGACUGGAAUGAUGAAGAUCAGGUUUGGGAAUCUGAAGGUAAAAUUGAGCAUAUUCUAUACCUUCCAGCAACCACCAGAUAAAGUUGAGUGCUUCUUUCUAGAUUCUAUAGAGAACUUGGUUGCAAAGCCCCCUCCUUGCAUUCUUACUAUAGAUCCCUUCGCGGUUGGUAUGACGCACAUCAAGGUGGAUAAUUGUGAUACAGGGCAAUCCAUAGCCCAAGCAAAUUACUGGCUUCUCACUACUGCCAAACUCGACGUUCCUCCAUUGGCCAUAUCCAGAACGUCUCGAUUACUGCUUCCAGGUAACAUUCUUUCUUGGUGGUCCAAGAAGGUACAUAACAAAGUUACCAAGGGCAAUGAUUGCAGCCCUACAUAA